CAGGAUGAACCGUUUCCUUUUCAUAUUUAUCCUCAUCUUACAAACAUCAAAAACCAAAACGUGUAGAAAUUAUUACAAACAAAACGUACAUUUAAGAGGUAUAUUGUUUACCCAUAAUAUCAUCCACGAAUACAACAAUGUUAUGGUACUCCAGGAAUGUGUUAACUUUUGUAAGAUAAAUCACUGUUUGUCUUUUUCCGUCUACACAGACAGUGGAUUAUGUAGGUUAUAUUCUCAUAUUUUCGACAAUUUAACCACAGCGGUAUCACAGGAAGGAGCGAGUUACUUUUACCAAUGGUCCGAUACCUGUUUGGGAUGGAAGAAGACGUGUAGUCCGCAGUCGACAGGUGUUUACGUUAUUAGAAGGAUAUCAUCCCAACAAACACCGUAUAGUGUCCUUUGUGACAUGGACAUUGACGGAGGGGGAUGGACGGUUUUGCAAAACCGCUUUGAUGGUUCUUUAUCAUUUGAUAAAACGGGCAAAAUGUACGAAAGUACAUUUGGGAACUUCAGUGGAGAAUUUUGGCUGGGAUUAAGCGUGGUAAAGUUUUUGUGUUACGACCAAAGCUGCGAAGCUCGUAUUGAGUUAGAAGACUGGCAAGGCCUCCGCAAAUUUGCUUCAUAUACCAAUUUUCGAGUCGGUUGGUGGGGACAACGAUUUAAACUUACAAUAGACGGCUACUCUGGUACAGCUGGAGAUGCUAUGGGAGACCUGGAUGGAAUGAAAUUCAGUACUUUUGAUAUGGACGAAGACAUGAGCAAUACCACUAACUGUGCAGAAUUGGGGCAGUCAGGCUGGUGGUACAACGACUGUGGCCAGUCAAAUCUUAAUGGGAAUUACGCUAUGGACAAUGGCACUGAAGUCGGCAAUGUCAUGUCAUGGCAAACGUUCCAUGGAAUCAACCGUCCUCUAAAAAAGUCAAGAAUGAUGCUGCGAGUUAAAUACUGAUUUGAUUCAUUUUAAUCUAUUUUUUUUAUCUGUUUUCAGUAAGGCAAGAUUCAGUUAUUGUUACAAACAUCUUUAAUCAGAAUGUCACCAACACAUGUACACACUCACUAUACUGUAGUGACAGUGUCUCACAUUUGGCAGUGAGUCGCGAGUUCACCCCUGUGAUGUAGGCUUUGUGUUUUGUCCCCUAGUCGAGACAUACCUGAGUGUUAAAAUGGUAAUUGCGAUUUUACACUCCGCAUUUUGGUAGUAGGACGACUGGUCCGCCCGUUGUCAGUAAGAGAUGUAUUCGGCAAUAAACUUCACUGGGGUACAAGUAGCACUAUAAUGCUGGUAAAGAAAAAAAAGUGUAAAAAACUGCAUAAUGUCUAAAUGUUUUCAAAACGAAUACAAAUGUUAAACUCAAUUAGCAGCAGAUGACAUUCAAACAACAUAAAUGUAACGCUCACAUGGUCACACGCCUCCUGUUCUAAAACCGAGUAUCAUCUUCAAAUAUAGAUACAUUCACAUGAUAAACUAUUUUUCUCAUCAACAAAAGUAUAAUUAGGAAUAAUUUUGAUUGAUAUGACCAACGUUUAACUAGUAAUCAUUUGUUCAUCACUGAGAUAAAACAAAAAUCGCUAAACCAGUGUAAGUGAAUGGGAGAUAACUCCAACAAAACCUAAUUUUCACUACAUAUCUUUAUUUCUGUAAUAAUUACAACGUCCGGCGAAGGGACACAAUGAUUUUGUGAAGAGUUCUCUUUCCCAUACAUCUUUGUGAAUAGAUAUUUUAUAAAAUGUUCACAAAAACCGAAUGAUAUAAGUUGAAUCAUUUAAACCUCUGGUAUUCUAUCUAGCUAUGAUACAGGUACUAUCUAUCGUGAAAACAGCAUAUAUAAAGAUAAAAGAUAUUGAACUUAAAUACAUCUGUUUAAACAUAAAGAUUCAAACAACAGUCAAAGUUUUGAAGUGCAAAUUACUGAGAUGCAGCACAUGCGGACAUCUACAAGAAGGGUCAGCUCACACGUUUAAGGAAAUUUACCAUCAUGCGAUUCCGAAAACUUAAUGUAUGUCAUAACCGGCCAGGACGUAAUGAAUAUUACAUCGGCGAAUUACUCUAAGAGCUGUGGUUCGGGUACAGAAACAACACAUUCCUGUGUCAGAAUAUAGGAAAUUAAGUGAACAUUUGAUAUUUGUGGACGAAAAACUAAAUAUACAAUACCUGAACUAUCAUGAUGUGCUAGGUAAUUUUGGUUAGUAACUUGCUUCAAAUCGCAAUUUGAAGUAUCAGGUUUUCAGAAAACCCCAUCGAAAGAAAUGAAAAAGGAAAUUUUAUUAGUAUGAAUAAGCUAAAAUUAAACAGGUUGUUGAAAACAAAACAAAAACCUUUUUAUUAUCUCCUUUGUAUAGCGUCAUAAUGAACAAUCAACCCAUUAUCAAUAACGUCACAAUGUAUUGUAAUGUACAAGAUAGACAGAUACUACUUAGAAACAAAAAAGGGACACAAGUUAUGCACAAAAAAUAAAUAUCUCCAGGAACACGGAAGAAGUAAAAUGAUAAAAAAUAAUAAUACACAUCCGAAGUUUUGAAACAGCAUUAUAUAAUACCUUAAACCACUACAAAAAAUACAAAUACAUCGAUUUCAGUUCAAGCUACAGAUCAGAAUACUCCCAACAAACUACUAUUUUAAAUCAAUAAACAAAACCCCAAAUGACACUUUCGAUCUUUUUAACUAUCAGACGGUAACAGAAAGCAGACCAAAACUUAUUUUUGAACUGCGAGAAAUUUAAAACAGUCUGGAGGGACAUUGGACUUUGGGUAAUUGCAAAAAAUAACACAAAUCAAUCUAACCCUUAAUAUCAAGAACAUUCCAUUGGGUGUUUCAACAACAGAUAAAAAAUGAUUUCAAACAAUUUCAUAAUACUAUACUCAAAAUACUACAUGUAUCUUACAUGAAGAAAAGAAAUAAUACAUAUCAAGGAAUUAAAAGCAUACAUAAAAAAUGUAUAAAAUAAUAAAACAAUUGGAAAAAACAAGUUUUUAUUCAAACAUGGGAAAAAAACUUUGAUCAAAUGUUCUCAAUGACUUCUAGUUAACAUUAAGAUUAAAUACUUCAUACAUGCACAUGUAUAUAAGAAUAGUUACAAUAAGACAAUUUUAAGCAUUUUCUUUAUUAAAACUUGUGUUUCCUAACAAAGUAUAAAGAUGUUAAUAGAUAUAGAUAUAUAUAUAUAGCACAUGUGUAUCUAUACUUGGGUUAUCUAACUUUACUUAAUUCUUACUGCUAUAAGCCCUGGUAUUUGUUUAUUUUCCCCUGUGUGCCUUGAUCUUAAUUUUGUAUUUCUGUUAACAUCAUGCCAUUAGUUUUCCUCUGCUGAAAUAAUUGAUGGUUUUGGUUUUGUUUACCUUAUUCAUAUUACUUGAUGUUAUAAGUAAUUAAUAUACUGGGUGAGCGAACGGGUGGAAGUUUGUGUUAUUGUUAUGUAACAAUGUGUAUGUGAGAGAGUAUGAUGGACAUAACAGGUGUCAGUUGUGUGACGAGUGAGAGCCCCCCUGUGGGGUCAUUGUUUAUAUUUUGAAUGCUGACCCUCCAAUGCCAACCUCGGCAGCCCUCAAAUGUAUUCAUGUAUGGUGUUAAAAUAUGGCUUUGACGUAAUGCAUCUUAAGAUUAAAAAUAAAAGCCUUAUGUUAUAUAAAACAGUGUUAUCUAUGUUAUCAUUUUUAUAUAUACCAGUGUGUUUAUAUACGUAUCGAAAACUUACGAUACGAACAUUUUAGUUAACAUAUGUGUGUGCCUCCAUGUGCUACCUGUGUGAGGUAUGGGCUAUCGUUCUGCCAUUUAUUUUGAUAUAAACUAUAUAUCGAUCCUAUCAACUUUAUUUUUUAGCAUUCAUUAUGAUAAUGCAGUGGAGAAGCAUGGCUAUAGACAAGUGGUGGUUGAACGACAUAUCCUUAUAUGAUCUUUAACCUUCUGGCCUGUUAUCCAAUCAACACGAUUCUCAAGUAGGUAAUAACAUAAACAAAAAACAUAGCAACAUUGUUAAAGAAGACGCGCAGAACAUUUUUUUGACAUUUCAACCAAAUGAUAGUAAGCUGAAUGCAUUUUAAUCGUCAUUUUUCAACAAGUACUCAGUAAGUACCCAAAUAUUAAGUUUGUGAUCAUUUAAUGAUUAUAUAUAUAUGUGUAUCAAUUUUAUAAAAUUAGUAUUUCACGUAUACGGUAUAAAAUAUGUAUGUUGAAAACGUCAAUUCUUUUCGCCCCUGUCCCAAUAGCGGGAACAUAUACACAGAAUGCAAUCCUGUCAAGCCGCAGUUUAAUUUCCUCUGUGAUAUGACGAUCCUUGGUGUGAAUGCAAUAUAUAUUAUUGUAUCAUCAGCAUCUUCCGGUCACGUUCUACUACUGUAACGAUUGUGUUUUCCUGCAAUGGUAACUAAUCUAGCUGUGGUGUUACGCAUUUGAAUCAUACCUAGUGUGUACAUAUUAUUUAAUCAAAUAAUUUGUAUAUAAUUAUCUAUUCCGAAUGUUUUUGCUAGUUAUGCAUGUGUAAUCUAUUAAUUGAAAGUGAAAAUACCAGACGUGCUUGGGUACGUGUACGUGCGACUUGUCUGGUAUUUACAAUUAAAAUGAACGAUAAAUCAGGUCACAGAUGUUGGUGACCGCGAUAAUUCUAAAAGUUCAUAUUUACCCAUUGCCAUGGUUAUACGCUUCAGUAGUUAUAUGUUUCAUUUUCAUGAAGUUUAAUAAUUAUCAUUAAGAUUUUGGGAUAGAAAAUUACUUCGUUUUAUGAAUAUCAUAAUCAAUUUUCACUCCGUAAGAUUAUGUGCGUGGGUGUGGAAGAAGCCCGCCAUGUAUUUGAACCUUUUUGCUCUAGCGGAAAUAUUCUAUACUACUAGUAGCGCUCGCACCAGACGGGAAAUUCAAAGUGCUUUAUUUCCGGGUACUAUAAAAGUGACAGGAAUCGUCUGUAAUUGGCUAUAUUUAGUUGGGCCAUCGUCUGAGCUACAGCGGAGCAACUUCAAUAGUAUACUCGAAUACCCUGACCUCUAUUCCGAGAUGGUAAGAAUUACAUUGUUAUCUCCCUUAUUUAGUCUCAGAAAUAUAACUCCAGUCCAUUCUUAUUGAGGCAUAAUCAUAUAAAGAUAAUAAUUAUGAUAAGCUCUGUAAGCUGAGGAGCAAUCUAUAUUUCCGUGAUGGUAGUUCAGGUGUGAUUUCACAUUGUAAAUUCAUGGUAAAUAUGUCAUA